AUGGAAGAAACACUUGGCAUUGGAGGUUUAAGCAUAGAGGCACAGAAAGAAAUCGCAGAGUAUCAAGCGCAAGCCGCUGUCGCCUCACUUCAAAAUGCAACGAACCGAUUGUUGGCGGAACAGCGUGUUUCUGACUCAAUACUUUAUGUUGGUCAACUCGAUGAUGAGGUUGACGAUGAAAUGUUGAGACAACACUUUCCAACCGCUAAAAAUGCUCAUGUGUGUUGUGAUCAUAUUACAGGAGACAGUUUAGGUUAUGGUUAUAUUACCUUUUAUACAACAGAAGAAUGUGAUGACGCUUUUAGAAAAAUGAAUUACUCACUUAUCAAUGGUCGACCUUGUCGUUUAAUGAUAAGUGAACAUGAUUCAACGAAACGGACAAAAUGCAAUGGCAAUAUCGUCGUUAAGAAUUUACCAGCCAUCGUUGAUGGUAAGUCACUCCACGAUACGUUCGCACAAUGGGGAAAUGUCAUAUCCUGCAGAGUGAUCAAGAGUCCAAAUGCAAUACGUUGUUAUGGAUAUGUCAACUAUGAUUCGAUGAAUGCAGCAAAUAGAGCUAUUGAAUAUGCAAACGGCGCCUUACUCUUUGGGAGAGAAAUUCAAGUUAGUCAUCAGAUACCCAAAACUGAAAGAGAGGUUCUUUUAGAUGACCAGCAACAGAAUGCCAGUUUUAUCAACAAAACACGAUCUGCAAACAUAUAUGUCAAGAAUAUUGCGACCGACGUUACAGAAGAUGAUCUGAAAGAUUUGUUUAGCAGCUUUGGAAAUAUUUCAUCUAUUCUAAUACAAAAGGACGAAAAUAAUAUGUCGAAAGGAUUUGGGUUCGUGAACUUUGACUCGCCUACAGAUGCAGAGAAGGCAGUGAACCAGUUACAUGAUUUUGAAUAUCACGGAAAAAAGUUAUUCGUGACCAAAGCUCAGAAAAAGUCUGAACGAGAAGAUGAAUUGAAAAGACAGCAUGAUACUCAACCACGCAUCGCAGACAAUAAGCCAACUAAAUAUCAUGGCAUUAAUUUAUACGUAAAAAAUUUGCCAGAUGAUGUGGAUGAUGAGUAUCUGAGAAAAGAAUUUGAGCCUUUUGGUCAAAUAACAAGUGCGAAAGUGAUGCGAGACGAGAAGUCUAACUCUAGAGGAUUCGGCUUUGUUUGCUUCGCGUCGCCCGAGGAUGCGAACGAGGCAGUAAGUAAAAUGAAUGGCCACAAAAUGUUAAACAGAGAAAUAUAUGUCGCGUUAGCUCAACGAAAAGAAGACAGACGAACAUUACUGGAAGCACAACUUAACCAAAGGAAUGGUUAUCAUUCAACAUCAAUGAAUCCAUUGAAACAACGAAAACAGAGCUCAACAGAAUCUCAAAAUCAUUUCCCACCAGCAUCAAGCAUUUCCUCGACAGACACUUCAACUACUACUUCCUUAUCGGAAAGCCAACUACAAGUACCAUUGACUUUUGAGGAAAAAAGCUACGAGGCUUGA